AUGAGCUCCAGCUCACAGGAAGAGGGAACCCAGCAGAUAGCAGUCAGAAUAAUUCAAAGGGCCUGGAAAAGUUACGUGCACAGAGAGGUCUUCAGGUAUUUCAAAGAGCUUAUCGGCGACUGCAACCAGGGGGAUCCACGGACGAUCCUCAAAACUGUCAACCCCAGAGAGGCAGAGCUGCUGGACGCUGCUGCUGGGGCGUACAUCAGAUUUCGACUCGGAGGGAUUACCUUUCCUCCCAACAUCUAUUACAAGAUCUUCACCCAUCGACCCAUCACCGACGUGUGUGCCAACAGCCCAAAGAACUACACGCAGCGAAGCCUCAAGAAGCCUGGGGCCCGGCCCGCCAACAACCGCCGGCCUCCUGUGCAGGAGGAAGAUGCAGGAUGGUACCAGCGUAUGGAGAACAACAGCUGGAGGCUCUUCUGUUGCAGGAUGGUUCCCAUGGGUGAGCCCACAGAGAUCGGUGCUAACAAAAAAAAAGACUUCCACCACUCCAGGUUGCAGCGGCAACAGGAUGUGGACCAGUGGAGGAAAAGGAGGAAGAUUGAAUGGCUGAAGCAGAUGUACAACCAGGGUCGUCAGCAGGCUCACCCAGCGCGUCGACACAUGGCGACGAUGGUGGUGAAUUCGGCUCAGGAAGUGAUGGACACCAUUGCAGAGAAGGGAGAUGAUGAGAUACUGGAGUGGGAGCUGGAUGAGCUCCUGGCCUGGACCAACACUCUCAGCUUUGAGGAUUAUACGGAGGAGUGGAGACGUUUGGCCUGCAGUCACUCCUCUGAGCCCAGUAAAGAUAUUCAUUCCUAUCCACCCAGCACACAGAGCUGA